CCGUGGCUUCUUCCUUUUCCUCCAUCAUCACCUACUUAAGUGAUCACGGAAGCAAAUCACUUCAACUGUGCUGGCUAGGAUACAGUAUUACUGAUAAGCGCCCUUCAUUCUUAUCAGUUUCGUCUGUUUCAAGGUGUACUUACAACAGAUACUUUCAAAAGUGUUCAGAAUGGACUAUGAUGACCAACCCCCGCCUCGGGAGUCCAUAGCGUCCUAUCCAUUCGACAGCUCUGAUGUCACCUCUGACAUUGUGCUGCUGUCGUCCGAUAAAAUCCACUUUUACUGCCACAAAGUCAUCCUCUCCCUCUCCUCCCCCUACUUUAAAGAAAAGUUCACUAUACCCUCAGGGUACGUCGAUGCGGCCCCCAUCCUAUUCAUGAGCGAAGACAGCAAAGUCCUCGACAAAAUCCUUCGCUUCUGCUAUCCCGCCGUCGAUCCCAAGUUCGAGAGUCUCUCCGAGUUUUAUCAGGUCGUCACAGUUAUGGUCAACAAGUUCUCCAUGCGUAAUGUUGCUAGACGGGCUCGGGGCGAAUUGCGCAAGUAUGCGAGAUCUGAGCCCCUUCGGGUCUUCGCUAUUGCAUAUGCCAUGCAGUGGAACGAAGAAGCGGCGGAGGCUGCUGCAUGCGUGAUCAACCGGCCUUUGUUAGCUCUCGACGAUCAGGAUAUCCCUGAGCUCGAUAUUCUCCCAUCACCUCGCGUCCUCUACCGUUUGUUCAAAACAUAUCGCACGCGGUUUGAUGCCGUUCUUCAGGCAGCAAACAGGUGCGAUGAUGAUGCCAUACUCGGUGUGCUCAACGGAAUUGCGUGUCCUGAGCACGACUCGUUUCCCGACCCUGAGGGCACGCCUACGAAGACGUGGUUCGUGAGGUAUUGUACGUCAGUUCGGGAAACGUUGAGCCACGAGCCUUCGUUAGAGACGCUUUUCACCUGUGACGAAUGGGCCCGACCGCUUGCCGAGCGUACAGCUUCUUCGUGCGGGCAUUGCUCACAGCUCGACCUAGAAAGCUUGUUUCGCAAUUGUAUUCCCUAUGUUUACUUGAGCAAUAUCAAAAAGGCUCUGAAGAUGAGAUUCGAGCUGUAGCUUCUUCUGGGAUUUACCGCUGGAUUGAUACCCUUUUCAAUAUGAUUCAAAUGACCGUGUUUCUUCCUUCUUGAGUAGGUUG